AUGCCAGGUCUGGACACGGUAUCUGACAGGAGUCACAAAAGGAGCCAGAAGAGGAUCCCCUCCUCUGAGUUUGUGAAAGGCAGCCAGGCAGGGAGGGAGGCAGGGAGGGAGGCAGGGAGGGAGGCAGAGAGGCAUGCCAGGACAGUGGGCUGUGGGCCACCCAGACAGUGGCCUGCUGUCCCUUGUUCGUCCUGGAGGGACAAAGCCAGCAUAGGGAUAGAGGGAUGGGGUGGGAGGGCACAGCUGUCACUCAGCUUCUUUUUCCGGAAGUUCUGGCAGGAGUUCUCUGAGACACAGAGAGAAAGAGAGGGAGAGAGAGAGGCAUUUUUUUCAUAUGUUCUUAUUACCUGAAAAACAGAUGUUACCGGUUCUACUGACCCCACUGAGGGUGCAGAGCUUUAGGUUCACUGUGAGCAGAGGGGACACAUUUUCAUGACAAUGGCUGCCUGGAGUGUCACACCGGCCCGACACACCGGCCCGAUCUGAAGCCCUUGUCUCACGGUCAUGUCCAGACAUAAGGCUCUGGCCAUGUCCACCUGUGGGAUGGAAUGUGAAAUUAGUGUAAUUCAUUAUACACAGACAACUCCGAUUGUAAUGAUAUCACCUUGUCAUUUGUAAAGGGUAUGUUUGUGUGCUUGUAUCAUUGUAGCAGGUGCUGAUGAGUUUUUGAGGCCCGCCUGCCACCCAACACACAAAAUACAUGGAUGAUGAUGACAUUGCCUUUGUCAUAGUUGUCAUAGAGUUAUCCAGAUAUCACACAGCUUUGAGGUCCCCUCCACUGGCUGCACUGUGCAUCUAUGUAUAACAUGAUGUAUGUAUAACGUCACAGCGAUGUCAUGGUGUCACUUGAACAUACAGUAUCACUAUCGGGUCUGGGAAAUGGAGACAUGGAUAGGGAAGACUUUUCCUCCGCUCUUUUUUCAAUUGACUUCCAUCCACUCCCCGGUCGGUAAUCCAACUCUGUUUUUUAACAGGUUUCAGGUCAGGUGGUGAAUGCUAUAUGUCCUUAAAUCUCAUCUGUCUUAUUUUAUCAACCUGUUGAUUUAGGUUAUUCUGAGGUUUAAACUCAAACGACCUCCAAGACCUUAUUUCACCCUGAUAAAUGAGUGACAAUUAAGAAAUAACAGCAGCUGAUCAAUUAAAUUAAAUCAAUUAAAUGUAAUUAGCGCUCAUAUUAAUUAAUUCAUAGUCUGUUUCUAAUUCUGACUGGUCAAUUGACUCCUUUGUUUUCAGUAUUAUUUUAUUUACAUAGUAUAGGAAUCUACAGUAUUUCACCAGACAAACUACACCAUGUUAGAAACAGAAGGUAUUUCACUGCAAUCCUCAAGACAAAAUGGCAUUAUUACCCCCAUCGUGUCUUGAUGGGUAACAGUGUCAGAGCUGAAACCACAAGCUGUCAGAUAGACUUGCCAGUCUGGAUGCCAGAACAACAGAGUCGUUUUGUCGCCGACCACGUUCAUUUGAUAAUCCUAUCUGAUACAUGGUACAGGCUCACUAAGCUCAAUAUGAGCUCCAUGUAAACUGGGCAGCCUGCCUAGGAACACUUGCUGCUGUUCUGAACAAAAACACUCCUUCAGAUUCUGUGGGUUUGAGGAGAUAUGAGGAGAAAAGUAUACAGGUUUUAUAAAUCAGGUACAAGUUUCUUCCUAGAUAAGUGAUUAUUAUACUUAAUGUGAUGGACUGAAGGUGUGACUGUAAAUGUAUCAUUUGGUUUAUGUGCACUGUUCGUUAUAAGUACUGUGACGGACGAAAGUCAACAGUCACUGCACUUCCAUUUUACAUUUCAAAGAUGCUCAAGAGGUGUUUGAUAUUUCCACUCAGGCUAAGCGAAAAUACACUUAAUCAAACACUCAAAUCUUCUUUUGAAGUUAGCUGGCUCAUCUUGUAUAUCAAUUGGCCACUUAUGCACACUCAUCAAGCGUGGUGGAAUUAGGGGCAGGCAGAGACAAACAUGAUGAAUGCUUCCUGUAUUUUUAGCCGGAGCUGUCAGAAACAUGAGCAUGGUCAAGGUUAGCCGCCGUUAGGUGCUAGGGGCUCCUGUGUCAAACUGGGACUCCGUGGCUCCUACUGUAGCUUGGUGGUGGGCUGGGGUGUGAGGGGGGUGGGUUCUGGUGUGUGUGUGUGUAUGAUUUACGUGAACAACAGAGUGAAACGAUCUAAUUUAACCAAUGCCCCGAAAAAUCCACUAGUUGGUAUCAGUUCAAUUCAAUCUACCGUCAUUGACACCCAUGCUUGGCGGAGUGUGGUUUGGCCCUGUUGUGUCUCUGUACUGGCCCGGCGCGCCAUGUUGAUAUGUGGGUUUGAGGAAGUGGCCCCAUCUCCUCCCUCCAGUGUUUUCAUUCUCCCCAGUCACAUAGCAGAAAGCCCACAGCUCCUUUCUCCCUCAGCCAGGCAAAACCAACCCCAAUGCAGGCUCAUUGCAUGAAUGAACCAGAUACUCCAUGCUGUUGUCCUCCAUAAAGCCUAGUGAGAGUUUAUUUCCUUAGUUAGCCUCCUCUAACAGGUUCUCUGUCACCCCUCAGAGGAUUGGCUCUUCUUCCUUUCUUUAGUGGUCUGUUAUGUAGGGGUUAAUAUCCAAAGGGUAUUUUCUCCGCAUUGAGCUACCAAAUCCUCAACACUGUAGCUGCAACCACCAUGCUACAAGAGUGAGAUAAAUAAUUGUAAUAAUAAUAAUAAUAACACGUAAUAAUAAUAAUAAUAAUGAUAAUAAUAAUACAUUGAAUUUAAAGCACCUUUCAAAACACUGAAGGACACAACAGGGUUAAUAAUAUCAAGGGGUUUUACUUCUUGACAUUGACCUAACCAAAUCCACCACCAUAGAUUUGUAACCAUCAUGCUACUAGGCUAGCAGUAGCACUCCUCUGCUAGAGGGAGAUCAAUGGUUAAUAUCACAGGGGCUUUUCCCAGUCUACCUACCAAAUCCUCAACUCUGGCGCUACAACCAUAGAAAUAUAAUGAUAUUCUUAUGACCACAACCACCAUGAUGCUACACUAAAGGAAGUAAAGGGUUAAUAUAAAAGGGUAUUUUCUUGACAUUGACCUACUUCCUCCAUGGCUGAUCAGAGUUAGACUCAGGGGUCAGGUUAAUAACAGGUUAAUAAGGCCUUUCUGCCAGUGUGACCAGCGGUGCAAAACCAACCACCACCUCUCUAACCUCCCCGGACCUCUGAACCCACUGAGCUCUGGCCAAUCAGACACAAGGUCAAGGGUCCUCCUAGGGCCUGUCAGAGAGGGGAUAAGCCAAGGCGUUUGGACGUCUGGCUGCAGUUAUAAAAAAAAAGCUUGGGAUUAAGAUUUAAGCAUUAAGAAAGUCACCGGCUAAGUAAGUAACUCCGUCUGUCCAGAGCGGCCAAUGUCAAGCGGCGAGUUGACAACUUUCUUUUGAAGGAUAAAGGAGUCAUGAGAUAGUAUGGAUUAAGAGCAGAGGAGGCGGCGUAUAGUCAACGGUGAUCAGUGCCAGGUGACUCCGAGCUUCAGACCUGGGUUCAAAUACUGUUUGAUAUCUUCUUUAAUACCUUAAGGGGGGGGGGGUUGUACUUUUGGGACUAUUCUAUUGGUCCCAUUGCGUCAGGCAAGCUUAAUCGAGACCAGGCAACAUAUUUGAAAUUAUGAAAUGAUUUCGAAUAGUAUUUGAACCCAGGUCUGGUUCAUAUGUGUGUUUUAUGGCAACUGUUCUCUUCAUGGGGCCUAAUGAGGUAGAUACACUUCAAGCUGUGAAAAUGACCUAGAUAUGAAGUCUUAAUCGCUUUAAGUCUGAAGUGUCUGAGGUUUUACAGAGGGUCCUGUCCAGGUGCAAAUCUCAAAUCUCAAUGAGAGGUUUCCGUGUGCAUGGGUCACAGACUCGAACAUUGUCUUAAUGAAUUAGUUAAUCUUUCUGUUUAUCACAGGCACAAAUGUGAGUUACUUUCACAAUACCAAGGUUUAACACGAAGGAGUAAAAGGGCUAUUUUAAGCCUGUAGACAUGAAGUAGACAUGAAGUGACCCUUGUCCUCAGAGGAGCUGCUGGCGCUUAAAGGGAUACGGCUGGUGCUUAAAGGGAUACGGCUGGUGCUUAAUUAACAACCUCUUAAGGAUCGGACCCUUUUUUUCAAUUUUCACCUAAAAUGACAUACCCAAAUCUAUCUGCCUAUAGCUCAGGACCUGAAGCAAGGAUAUGCAUAUUCUUGAUAUCAUUUGAAAGGAAACACUUUGAAGUUUGUGGAAAUGUGAAAUUAAUGUAGGAGAAUAUAACACAUUAGAUCUGGUAAAAUAUAAUACAAACAACAAAACAUGCGUUUUCUAUUUUUUGGGAGGGGAAUCAUCUUUGAAAUGCAAGAGGGGCGGCAGGUAGCUUAGUGGUUAAGAGCGUUGUGCCAGUAACCGAAAGGUCGCUGGUUCUAAUCCCCGAGCCGACUAGGUGAAAAAUCUGUCGAUGUGCCCUUGAGCAAGGCACUUAACCCUAAUUGCACCUGUAAGUCGCUCUGGAUAAGAGUGUCUGCUAAAUGACUAAAAUGUAAAAUGUAAGAGAAAGGCCAGACAUUGACGUAGGAACCUAGGUGUAAUUUAGAGUUUGUCCACAAGAUGGCAGCAUUGUGUGUGCAAAGUUUCAGACUGAUCCAGUGAAGGAUUACAUCACUACACAACAUUUUGUAUCAAGUCUGCCAGGAGUUUUCCCAAAUGUUCCGAAUUGGUCAGUCUAUACAUUUUCAAGUACAUAACUAUAUAUAACAUGCAAAAAUGCUAUGGUAAUAAAUUGUUUUAGUUUACACACUCCCAGGAAUGUCAUACAUGAUGGAUCAUUAGCUUACCUACAGAAAAUACACUAAACUUCACACAUCUAGAUGGCCAGGGGGGGUGUGGAGCCAGAGACAGCAGGGGGUCAAACUGUAGAACCCAGUUCCUACAUUUGAAAAAUGGAUUUUAUCAAACAAAACUAUGCUACAUUUUAUCUCUGGGACCCUCAGGAUGACAAUUCAGAGCAAGAUUACUGAAUGUAAGUACAUUAUUUACCUUCAGAGGUGAAUUUAUCAAACCCGUUGCCGUGACAAAAGUGUUUUGUUGUUGUGCACUAUCCUCAAACAAUAGCAUGGUAUCUUUUAGCUGUAAUAGCUACUGUAAAUUGGACACAGCAGUUAGAUUAACAAGGAUUUAAGCUUUCUGCCCAUAUAAGACAUGUCUAUGUCCCGGAAAGUUGGCUGUUUACAACGCCAUUCUAGUCACAUAUCGCAUAUUGAGCAGCAACCGUCCCGGUAUAGGGACGCCGAUCCUGUAGAGGUUUUUAAAGGGAUACGGCUGGUGCUUAAAGGGAUACGGCUGUGGCUGCCAUGUCAGUGAGUCACCAAGAGUAAUGGAGCCUCUCUCUGCACCUCACCUUUAACCCCUCUGCUAAUACUGUCUGGUCUGGGUCAGAGGUGACAGAGAGUGAGAGAGAGACAGAGAGAGAGAGAGAGAGCGAGAGAGCGAGAGAGCGAGAGAGAGAGAGAGCGAGAGAGAGAGAGAGAGAGAGAGAGAGAGCGAGAGAGAGAGAGGGACAGACAGACAGAGAGCAAGAGAGACAGACAGAGCGCAACAGACAGAGAUAGAGAGAAAAAAAGUGUCGUCACUCUUUUUAAUGAUGAGCCCAUUUCCCCAAAUCAGGACGCGUCACAGCUUGUUAGUGCUACAGGGAUUCCCUUGAGCAGCCCGCCACUUACAGUAGCUAUCUAUGUCACUGUCAGCAUGUGACCCAUUAAAAACUGGUCUCCCCCUCUCUGUCCUGUCUGGCCCAUUCCCUGUGUCUGGCCCACUGAGCCUGGUAAGGAGGUAAGAGUCUGGCCAGGGGCAGGCAACCCUGCCAAAGGAGCCAGGGACCUAUCUGGGUGAGGACCCUAGCCUGGCACUGACUGAGAGUGGAGAGUAUGGGGCAGAGAGAGAGAGGGGGAGAGAGAGAGAGAGAGAGAGAGAGAGAGAGAGAGAGAGAGAGAGAGAGAGAGAGAGAGAGAGAGAGAGAGAGAGAGAGAGAGAGAGAGAGAGAGAGAGAGAGAGAGAGAGAGGCAACAAGGGAGUGAGAGCGGAAAUUAGAAACAAGGCAUCAUUCGAGAGGCCUGUGAUGGGGGAUUUGGGGGUAAGCCCUGACAUUAAGUUAUCAAGUUACCCUUCCCAAUUUAAAAUGUCUGUGUCUUUUGUCAUAGGGCUCAAUGAGUUUACAAAAAUGGAUGUCAAAUUAGCCACCCAAUUGGUUUUUCAAAAUUUACCACAAUGGAUAGUUUCCCCCAUUGCUGUAUGACCAGUUUCCAACUGGGAUUUCCUGUGAAUUGAAAAUGGGAUUGUUUUUGUCUUCCAGGUGGAAACAAGCUGAAGCCGCAGCCAUUCCGGCUCAACUGGUCGUGGAUCAGCCUGGAGAAGGAGUACUAUCUGGUGGAUGAGGACGCCAAGUUCCUGGAGGUGACGCUGAGACGCAGGGGAUACCUGGGAGAGACAUCCUUCGUCAGUGAGUAUUGGAAGUCUUACACAGUAUUUACCACAUAUCUACAGCAGUCUUUACCUAAACAUAGAAAUACAAUGACUAAAAUGGGACCUAUAUCAGUAUUUAACUCUAAGCAUUGAUAUAGAAUGACUAGAAUGGAUCCUUUAGCCAGCCGUAUUUACCUCUAAACAUAGAUUUAUAAUGACUAGAAUGGACCCUAUAGCAUUAUUUACCUCUUGACCUAGAAAUACAAUGACUAGAAUGGGAGAUGUGAAGUGUUCCAAAAAAAAUGUUUUAACAUGAUUUCACAUGUUUUUCUGUAAGGGAGCAUGGAUAUAGAAUGACUAGGAUCGGGCCCUAUUAACAGUAUUUACCUCUAAACAUAGAAAUAGAAUGAAUACAAUUGGUACAAAGCUCCUCAUACCGAAGUCAUUUUACAGUAUACUCAUGGGUACACUCAAUAUGGCUGACAUGGAGGUUCUAUGUCUAUUGUAAGAAAGUAUUGAACAGCAUUUAUAACAGAUCUAUAGUAUUUUGAUUAGAUUUUUGAUUUAUUAGGAUCCCCAUUAGCCGACGCCAAUGGCAUACACUCUUAGAAAAAAAGGUGCUAUCUAGAACCAUAAAGGGUUCUUCGGCUGUCCCCACAGGAGAACCCUUUGAAGAACCCUUUUGGUUCCAGGUAGAACCCUUUUGGGUUCCAUGUAGAACCUCAGGGUUCUACAUGGAACCCAAAAGGGUUCUCCUAUGGGGAUAGCUGAAGAACCCUUUUGGAACCCUUUUUCUAAGAGUGUACCAUGGUAGAUCCUGUUGGAACUGGCUUGCACUUCGUUGGUUCAUCCCUCAAGUGAUAGAUCUGAGUUAGGACAUUUCUCUCACUGUUUCUUGCUAUUUUUUCUCUGCUUGUCAUUCAGAUAAAGGUCGUUUUAAAUUGCCACCAUUUUAUCCCUAUUGGGGUGUAAAUAUUUCAUAUCACAUUUCAAUCACCCACCACCAUCAACUCUGACUAGGGGUACUUAGAGACUAUUCAGAAAGCAGGACCUAUUAAACUGUCAUUGUGUAAAAGACUGACUGGCCCUUUAACGGUCUUCAUGGAGAGUGUUUAUCUGUUAUUACCCUGCCAUUAGAAGAAACCUAGCAAUUAAGAAUAAAACAGACCCCCUGGUUAUCAAUCUGUCCUGUGAGUGUGUGUGUUCCUGUUUGACUGAUGAUCCAUUUCCUGUCUCGCUGGUGAAAAACCUAGUUUGAUUGAUGGCUCAGAUAGCCCUUCCUCAUAGAGGUCACCAGGUAAUGUCAACAUGUUUGUCUGUUUGGCUACGUCCAACACACAGGAUUUAAUUGGGUACACGCCUAUAUUUACAGUUGUCUUUGAUGACGCAGUAGUGGGCAAAUAUGAACAAAGACAGACAUGUCAAUGACUUGACAAUGAGAGCUAACCAGGCAACUACAGUCUCUAAAUCACAGUCAACCUGCAGUCAACUCACAUCCUCUGAGGCCCUACACACUACACAGUGCUACGUGCCGUUAUUAUAAAGCUAUUCAGUUCAAUUAGAUUCAAUUCAACUCAAUUCAGUUCAGCUCAGCUUACCUCAGCUAAAUUUCAAUUAAAUUAAAUUAGGUUCAAUUUAGUUCAGUUCAAUAUGGUUCUGUUCAGUUCAAUUCAACACUCACCUGGUAUCCUGUGAUCUCUCAUCCCAGGCAUCACCACCAAGGAUGGCACUGCGGAGAAGGACAAGGAUUUCCGGGGCAAGUCCCAGAAGCAGGUCCAGUUCAACCCGGGCCAGACAGUGGCCACCUGGAGGGUGAAGAUCUUCACGGACCAGGAGUUUGAGACCAGCGAGACCUUUGAGAUCCAGCUAUCAGAGCCUGUCAUGGCCGUGCUGGAGUACCCCGAUACAGCUACUGUGGAGAUAGUGGACCCUGGUGAUGGUAAGAAUGAACGGCCUUAUCUGCGGAUUAUCUGUUUGAUUUGCCUUCCGACAUGAAAUCCUUUAUGAAUAGUAGACAGGCCUAAGUCAAUUGGAAAGGCUACAUUAAUUGACAUAGAUUGACACAUAAAAAAAAAAAUGGUAUCCUUCAUUUAAGAUUCCGAAUCAGAUCAUGUUUAUUGUUCCAUUGCUGGGCAAUUUGAUGGCAGCAGCAAAUAUGCAUGCAUCAAACAAGUACAGACUCACCUGGGCUUGUAAACUCUUCUUCUCUUGUUCUCUAUGGCCUAUCCUCUGUUUCUCCCAUAGAGAUCCUGUUAAAUUACUUUUCCUGAUUCUAUGGUUUCUCCCUCUUUCCUCUCCAGAGUCCACAGUGUUCAUCCCCCAGGCAGAGUAUAAGAUAGAGGAGGAUAUUGGGGAACUGCUGGUGCCUGUUCGCCGCUCUGGAGACCUCAGCCAGGAACUCAUGGUCGUCUGCUACACCCAGCAAGGUGAAGACAUUCAAAUACAUCAUUGAAAUACAUGGGUUUUUACAAAGAUUAAAAGCAUUAAUAAAAUACACAUAGAUAUAGAUAUAUUGUAACAUAAAACAACUCUCCUUCCCCCACAACUGCCUGUCGUUCUUCUAUUGACCCUUAACCAUUGACCCCUGAACUCCUUUUCCCAACAGCCAGUGCGACGGGCACAAUCCCCAGCACGGUCCUCUCCUACAGCGACUACAUCACGCGUCCCGAGGACCACACCAGCGUGCUGCGCUUCGACAAGGACCAGAGGGAGAAGCUCUGCCGCAUCAUCAUCAUCGACGACUCGCUCUACGAGGAGGAAGAGAGCUUCAACGUGACCCUCAGCAUGCCCAUGGGGGGCCAGGUGGGAGGCACCUUCCCCAGCGCCAAGGUCACCAUCCUGGCCGACAGCGACGACGGUGAGUGGGGUUGUUGGGCGUAUGGUGGGUGGUGGGUGGAGGCAGCUAUAGUUACCUGUUGUCAUGAAACCCUACUUGAAAUUUGAAACCCUAGUUCAAAUAGUUCAACACACAGGUUCAAGUAAACUUGAAUGCUACUCGUCAAUGGCAACAGACUCAAUGCUUCCUGACCCUUUACUAUAUUGACUAUAAAGGAAACUCUACCAGUAUCAUAAUUACUUCUUAUUCGACCCCCGAUCUCUUGGGUUCAGUGAAUGCAGGUACAGUCUUAAAAAAAGUGUGAUCUAAAACCUAAAAGGGUUCUUCGGCUGUCCCCAUAGGAUAACCCUUUAAAAAAACAUUGAGUAUAGAAAAGAUAGACAUAUUAAGUGUUUCAAAGCGGUUCCUUUUUCUUGGGACUUCCUAUUGGCCACUCCUAAUGAUAUGACUUCCUGAGACUUCCUAUGGGCCACUCCUAAUGAUAUGACUUCCUGGGACUUCCUAUGGGCCACUCCUAAUGAUAUGACUUCCUGGGACUUCCUAUUGGCCACUCCUAAUGAUAUGACUUCCUGAGACUUCCUAUGGGCCAAUAAUAAUAAUACGACUUCCUGGGACUUCCUAUUGGCCACUCCUAAUGAUAAGACUUCCUGGGACUUCCUAUGGGCCACUCCUAAUGAUAUGACUUCCUGGGACUUCCUAUUGGCCACUCCUAAUGAUAUGACUUCCUGAGACUUCCUAUGGGCCAAUAAUAAUAAUACGACUUCCUGGGACUUCCUAUUGGCCACUCCUAAUAAUAAGACUUCCUGGGACUUCCUAUGGGCCACUCCUAAUGAUACGACUCCCUCUUUGUUUGUUAUGGGGGCUUAACUGUUGCCUUAGACACUUUGAUGUGCCCAGUUACAAGUGUACAGGUGUGUGUGUUUGUGUGUGUCUUUGUCUCUGGCUUUUUGUCUGUUAGUCUCUGUCUGUGCUGUGUGUUGUGUGUCAGUGUGCACCUGUGAUGCCUUAGCAACCCAAACCCUUUCAUCCACAUUGAUUUAUUAUCAUUUGAUCUCCCAGCAGUUGUCCAAUAUCAAACACACUUGCUGAAAACAGUCGUGCAAAUAGAUACAACACUAUUCCACUGAUAACAGGUUAAUUACUUUUCACUGAUGAUAGACACGUAUCAAAAGCAUUACUUUGCUUCUCUCUUUGUUCUCCUGUUAGUGGGGUAGAAUAAAGGAAUAAUUGAUGCAGCCAUGCCAAAAGCACUAAGGUAAAGAGGAAAGACAGGAGACUGAAAGAGAGAAAGAGAGAAAGAUAGAAAGAUAGAGGGCUGGUGCCAAACAGUAGAUGAAAGAAGAGGGGAAAGGCAGGAAAGAUGUGGUUAGAUGUUGGUUUAUCAACAGAAAAAAGACGUUGAUAAUCGAAUGAAAACAACAGAAACACUCCCUGCUACAACAAUGGCUAAUACUGUCCUAAGUUAUCGGUAGAGCCACGCGCCGACCAACUGAGCCACAUAGGACCUACAGUAGGGCUUGUGAGAGUAUGUACUGUAGGACUGUACCCAGCCUAGUGAAGACUCUUUGGGGAGAGUGCCACCAUCAACACCAUAACUCAGGGUGCCAGGUGCUGGGAUCCUCCAGCCACCAUCAACACCAUAACUCAGAGUGCCAGGUGCUGGGGAUCAUCCAGCCACCAUCAACACCAUAACUCAAGGUGCCAGGUGCUGGGAUCCUCCAGCCACCAUCAACACCAUAACUCAAGGUGCCAGGUGCUGGGAUCCUCCAGCCACCAUCAACACCAUAACUCAGGGUGCCAGGUGCUGGGAUCCUCCAGCCACCAUCAACACCAUAACUCAGGGUGCCAGGUGCUGGGAUCCUCCAGCCACCAUCAACACCAUAACUCAGAGUGCCAGGUGCUGGGGAUCCUCCAGCCCGGGUGAUGCCCCUCUUUACUGUGCCCACUGGUCUCUAUGUGUAAUCUAUUCCAAUACAAGUCCACUCAUGGAUGGCGCCAUUCCCCAAAGCCUCACACACACAGACAGGCAGGCAGUGGCACACAAACACACUCAACAGAAGACAAAAGCACCCCUCCCCACAUGUUUGUCUUGACUUCCCUCUCUUUGCCCUGUCCUUCCCCUCCCCCCUCCCCUCGCUCUACCCCUCACUACACACUCCAUCUGUUCUACAACCCCAUACUUCUAGUAACACGAUAACCGCUAACAGGUGGUAGAACUGGGAAAAGAUAAAAUAGAAUAGAAUAGCAACUCCAGUCUAAACUACACUGGACUGGACAACCCUCUGUCACGACACAUAAAAGAGCUCUCUGAACGUGUUUUGUUCUGAGUCACUCCUCCAACUCCCCGUUCAGUGGAGCUGGGGGAAAACGGAGGGCUUCCCUUUGUGUUGCAGGGGCCAAGAGGCAGGUGGGGAAACAGGGACUUGUGGGAGAGGAAUGUCAAAUGACAGGCAUGUUUUUCCUCUGGCUCCUGUUUGAUGGCAUUCAGCCUCCAUUUUUGUUUUAUUUGUGUAGCUGUUAUCUGAGAUGGGGUUGAUGGUUUGUUUACAACUUUAAAAAAAAAAGUGCAACAUAUUAGGAUAUCAUAUUGACUUAAAUGUUACCUCUUUUCCUUUGCAUGUACGUCAAAUAUCACCCGUAGGCUUUAGAUGAGAAAAAGGAGAUGUGUUUGUUUCAUGGACACAGGUAAACCAAGAAGCACAUUCAAUGGAGAUUUUCCACUGAUAAUGAUUGUUAAUCCAGGACCAGUCUUAAAGGUCCAAUACAGCCGUUUUUAUCUCAAUAUCAAAUCAUUACUGGGUAAUAAUUAAUUACCUUACUGUGAUUGUUUUAAAUUAAAAUGGAAAAGAAAUACACAAAAAUAGCUUCUUAGCGAAGGGUAAUUUCUCAAGCAAGAACUUUGCUAGGACUGUCUGGGAGUGGUCUGAGUGGGAGGGGAAAACUGAAAAUUAGCAGUUAUUGGCAGAGAGGUUUGGAAAUCUCUUUCUUAUUGGUCUAUUAACUCAUUUACAGCAUGGUGAUGUCACCAUGGAAGGCCAAAACUCCAUCCCACCAAAACAGGCUGAAAUUUCAGGCGGUCUUUUCAAACUAAAACUCUUAGCUCUUUCACAGUAUUAUUCCAACCACAUAGUGUGGAAAUCUAAAACACAGGAAAUCACGUUUUUGAGUGCCCUGGGCCUUUAAGCUGUGUCUGGGAAACUGCCCCUUAUUGUUCAAGUGAUUUACUUUCUGAAUCUGAGGCCACUCCAGUCCUCCCUAUCCACUCUAUCUGACUGAAUGAGUCAUCUAUCUCUCUUUAGUUGUCUCUCUGAGACGUUCCUCUACUUCUCCUCUCGCACUUCUCUCCUCCUCCUCCUCCUCCUCCUCCUCCUCCUCCUCCUCCUCCUCCUCCUCUCCUUCCUCUCUCCCACCCUUCAGAGCUCAUUCAUUUCACUAACUCAUUUGUUCUAAUGACAGACACACUCACAGUACAGGCUACACUCCCCACUCCCUCCCCUGUAAUUUGGAGUACAAUGGAAACGUUAUGUAUAAGUAAUCAGCGUGCAUUCCCAGACAUGAUCUCCAGGCGACAAGAGGAGAAGUCUUCUCAAUGUAAAGAUUCAUUCCUCCAUUGUGGCACAAACUUCUUGGUGGGUCCUGGAAUCCAAAGUGACACCAAAGCGUGGGUUCAAUCUUUGUGUGUGUGUGUGUGUGGGUAUGGUGUGUGUGUGUGUGUGUGUGUGUGUGUGUGUGUGUGUGUGUGUGUGUGUGGGUAUGGUGUGUGGGUAUGGUGUGUGUGUGUGUGUGUGUGUGUGGUGUGUGUGUGUGUGUGUGUGUGUGUGUGUGUGUGUGUGUGUGUGUGGGGGGGUGUGUGUGUGUGUGUGUGUGUGUGUAAACCCAUCUUCGUGGCUGAGUAAACCUGUGGUUGGGACCCCAGCCAGCAUUAGGCUUCAUUGUUAUUAGUCUGGUUCUUCCUUCUCAGUGAUCCUUUAGGGAUUGCCAUGCCUCCUUCCCCCUAACCACCCACCAGCCACCCCUGGUACUAAACAGUAUCUCUGGUGAUUGAGAGGCAUUGAGAGUAAGCCAAGUUUCACUAGGUCAGCGGUGGUUGUCUGACUGUGGCAGUGCAAGCCCUGGUCUAGGAAGACCUCUAGACCACAUCUUAAAAUCCUUUUCACCUAACAGUCAGUUAAAUAUGUACAUACUUCCUAUUCUCCAUGUCUUACUUUUACUAUUUUAUCUAGCUAUACAGUGCAUUCGGAAAGUAUUCAGACCCCUUGACUUUUUCCACAUUUUGUUACUUUACAGCCUUAUUCUAAAAUUGUUUAAAUUGGGUUUUUUCCCCUCAUCAAUCUACACACAAUACCCCAUAAUGACAAAGCAAAAACAGGUUUUUAGAAAGAAGGUAGAGAGCUGUGUAUUCCAAAGAUCUGCAUUCCUUCCCUCUAGACUGCUACUCAGAGAGAGAGGGAGAGAGAUCAUCCUGUCUGUGCUGCCUCCCCCGUCUCCUCCCUCUUAUCAGUGCUACUGUCAUCAGACAAGGAGGACAUCCCCUCCCUCUUCUCCCCCCAACCCCACUCAUCCCCCUUUCCCUUAUCCUCCAUUUGUACCUGGCUUUUCAGGUGUGCACUGUAGACCUCUGGCACUGAGUUCAGACGACACUGUCUGGCCUGGAUGAGUGGAGGAUGAGGAAGGGAUGAGGGGGUGACAGCUCUCUUCCUGGGGUAGAGUGGAAAGAGAGGAAAAGAGAGGGGAUGACCCCACCAUGACCCCGUCAGCCGGACCAACUGUGUCUGACAAGCAGAGUUCAGACCAGAAGAGUGUAUUAUCCCAUCACAAUGGCUUCACUAAAAACAUCCCUAAUCAAACCACAUUGUUGUAACUUAAUGUGUUUGGUGCCCCUGUUCAUAUCUGUCAUAGAGAUUAGUAAGAUAUAUCAAAUCAAAUCAAUUCAAAUUGUUUUUGUCACAUGCGCCGAAUACAACAGGUGUAGACCUUACCGUGAAAUGCUUACUUACAAGGCAAUGCGGUUUUAAGAAAAUAGAGUUAAGAAAAUAUUUACUAAAUAAACUAAAGUAAAAAAUAUAUAUGUAGUAACACUAUAAAAUAACAAUAAUGAGGCUAUAUACAGGGGGUAAAGAUUGUAUCACGACCUGUCUCCCUGACCGAGGAUGGAAGAUGCUAUAGCAUAGAUCUCCUCGCGCACUCAUCGAGUAGAGAGCGAUGAGAGCUUAGAAGUAGCGUCUCUAGAUUCAUAGACUCUAGGAGACGGCUGACUCCUGCGCGAGUCAUAAGGAUACGCAUUACGACUCUCGACUCUCUCUCGAGAUCUCUGCUCAGAUCUAUCGAUCGCUUAUCUCUCUCUCUCUCACUUUCCCUUCUCUCCCUCUCUCUCUCUCUGCUCUCUCCUCCGCUCUCCACCUCUGCUCUCCCUUCUUCCCCCCUCUCUCUCUCUCUCUCCCCUUCCUCUAACCACAGAGCCCUCUCUGUAUUUCGGAGAACUAGAGUACAUGGUGGAUGAGAGUUCAGGCUACGUGGAGGUCAGGGUCUGGAGGACUGGCACUGACCUCUCCAAGACCGCCACAGUGACCGUCCGCUCCAGGAAGAGUGACCCGGUCUCUGCUGAAGGUAAGAAGAAGAACGUGGAUUCCCUCACUCUCUGUUUUCACGUUGUUCCCAAUCUGUCUAAUUACACAGAAUUCCCAAUCCUUCUUAAUAUUUCUCAGACAUUCCAGUGUCUUCUCUUUCUCUGCUAUGGUACUAUUCCAAUGCCCUCACUGACUCUCUCCCUGUUCUAAUUCUAUUGCUGUUCCCCGUCUCCCCCUGCCAGCCGGCCUAGACUACGUGGGCAUCAGCCGUAACAUGGACUUUGCACCCGGGGUGACCAUGCAGACGUUCAGAGUGACCAUCCUGGAUGACCUGGGUCAGCCGGAGCUGGAGGGCCCAGAGACCUUUGACCUGGUGCUGAGGAUGCCCAUGAAUGCUGUGCUGGGAGAGCCCAGCAAGACCACCAUCACUAUUAAUGAUACUGUUACUGACUGUGAGUUAUACAGACACACACUCUCUUUCAGACACUUUUUCACUGUUUCACACUGUUUUACUGUUAACAUAACCACUGUUUUACUGUUAACAUAACUACUGUUUUAGCUUUAACAUAAUCACUGCUUUAGCGUUAACAAAACCACUGUUUUAUCUUUAACAUAACCACUGUUUUAGCGUUAACAUAACCAAUGUUUUAGUGUUAACAUAACCACUGUGUUAGCUUUAACAUAACCAUGUUUUAGCGUUAACAUAACCACUGUUUUAGCGUUAACAUAACCACUGUUUUAGCGUUAACAUAACCACUGUUUUAGCGUUAACAUAACCACUGUUUUAACUUUAACAUAACCACUGUUUUAGCGUUAACAUAACCACUGUUUUAGCGUUAACAUAACCACUGUUUUAACGUUAACAUAACCACUGUUUUAGCGUUAACAUAACCACUGUUUUAGCGUUAACAUAACCACUGUUUUAGCAUUAAUAUAACCACUGUUUUAACUUCAACAUAACCACUGUUUUAGCGUUAACAUAACCACUGUUUUAGCGUUAACAUAACCACUGUUUUAGCGUUAACAUAACCACUGUUUUAGCGUUAACAUAACCACUGUUUUAGCGUUAACAUAACCAUGUUUUAGCGUUAACAUAACCACUGUUUUAGCGUUAACAUAACCACUGUUUUAGCGUUAACAUAACCACUGUUUUAGUUUUAACAUAACCACUGUUUUAGCGUUAACAUAACCACUGUUUUAGCGUUAACAUAACCAAUGUUUUAACUUUAACAUAACCACUGUUUUAGCGUUAACAUAACCACUGUUUUAGCGUUAACAUAACCACUGUUUUAGCUUUUCUCUUUGUAUGAAUUCUUUGUGUUUUAUUACCCAUAUAAAAGCAGCUUUGAGAUGAUUGUAUAAGGCACAUUCUAGUAAUUGAACUAUGCUCCCUAUGCAGAAGCCAUGAAAAUAAUAUUGAGCUACUAGAAAACUACAGUACUGAUAUAUAGCAUUCUGUUCUCUUCAGAGCCUAAUUCAAAUCUACUUAUCAUUCCAGUGCCCAAGGUUCAGUUCAAGGAUGCUGCCUAUAAGGUGGAUGAGGCAGACAGGGAGAUGAAGGCUGUAGUGUAUCGUAGUGGAGACAUCAGUCACAGGUCUACGGUGCGGUGCUACACCCGCCAGGGCUCUGCCCAGGUCAUGAUGGAUUAUGAUGAGAGGCCCAACACGGACGGGUCACUCAUCACCUUCCUCCCAGGUAACCUCAGUCUCUCUCUCUCUCUCUCUCUCUCUCUCUCUCUCUCUCUCUCUCUCUCUCUCACUCUCUCGCAAUCCCCCUAUCCCUUCUCUUUCUCUCUCUCCCUUCCUCCCUCCCUCUCGCUCCCUGUUCUCCUCUCUCUCUCUCUCUCUCUCUCUCUCUCUCUCCCUCCUUCCCUAUCUCUACCCCUUCUCUCUCUCUAUUUAUCUAUAUCUCUCUCUCGAUGUCAUCCCUUCUUCCCAACAUCUACUGUAUCUCUUCAUCUUUCACACGUCUCUCUUGUCUUUCCCUCCUCCACCCCUUCAUAUCUUCAGCAUCCUCCCUUUCAUCUCUCACCCCCUUGUUAUAUGCCAACCCCCCAUAUCCUCAUAUUUCUCUGUGUUAACUCCGUGUUCCCCCUCUCUGUCUAUCCUAUAGGGGAGAGUGAGAAGGAGUGUGUGGUGAACCUGGUGGAUGAUAACCUGUAUGAGGAGGAUGAGGAGUUCCGUCUGGUGCUGGGAACACCUAAGAGCAAGUCACCCUUCGGCGCCUCCAUAGGGGAACAGAAAGAGGCGGUGGUCACCAUUACUGACGAGAAAGACAGUAAGCAUCACCCAAGGAACAUGGAGAUAUCUACCACAGCUAACAUUGGGCUACACCAAAAUUGGCUUAAUAAAGUGUUACAAAUAAAAGGACAGUUUGCUUGUUUUAUUAAUGCUUUUAUUCAGUCUCUCUGUCUCUAGACAGUUAUAGUUAGUAGUAUGUUAUGUUUUCUAUCUGGGGUCUAACCUGAUUCUCUCUCUCCUUAGAGCCUAUCAUCCGUUUCAGUGAGAUAAAGUACAGUGUACGGGAGCCCCAGGUCCAGGGGGAGACAUCCGUGGUGAAGAUCCCUAUCCUGAGGCUAGGAGACACCUCCAAGGUCUCCCUGGUCAGGGUCCACACCAAGGACGGGUCAGCCACCUCUGGAGAGGACUACAACCCCCUGUCGGAGGGUGAGUUAUAGCAUUAAGUUAUCAUAUAAGUCAUAGUUUAAUCAUAUAACACAGACAUAACUAACCGUAACCUCUGGAGAGGACUACAACCCCCUGUCGGAGGGUGAGUAGACAUACAGGAACUGUAGGCUAUGUUCCAAAAUCCACACUAGCAUCCCACUUAGAUUGUCCUAAACAUUGCUUCAUUCUAAGUGGGAUGCUAGUAGCCAUAUGAAGGAAGGGUAUGGGCAAUUCCACAGUAACAGAAUUAUGUUGAGACUUAGAUUUGACGCUUUCAAAUGGAUGUCAAACAAAAACCAAUGAUUGCAAUGUUUAAUAAACCAUACAACUCUAUGCACAAGGACCACUUUUACGAUGUCCACUGAACAAAAAAAAAAAAAAAAACAUUUACUUGAAGAAACAGCUCAUACCGUCAUUCUGUUACCAAACUUUGCAUCGGCACUGUUCUUCAAGUAAAUGUGUUUUUGUACAAUUUUCAGUGGAAAUUGUUAAAAGUAGUCUUGUCCAGAGAGUUGUAUGGUUUGUUUAACUUUGCAAUGAUUGGUUUUUGUUUGACAUACAUUUUAAAGUGAAAAAUCUGAGACUCAGCAUUAUUCUGUUUUCUGUUUCCGUGGAAUUGCCCCCAUACAGCCAUUGUUGUCAUAUUGUGUUUGGCAUUGUCGUGUAUAACCUAUUCACACCAAAAAUGACUUGAUACUUUUUUUUAUAGAGAUCCUUAUUAAGCUCUUGUUUAACCUUGUGUGUGUCACCCAAGAUGUGGAGUUCAAGGAGGGUGAGACAGAACACGUUGUGGAGGUGCAGAUCCUGUAUGACGGCCUGAGAGAGAUGAGAGAAGCCUUUGUCGUCCACAUGAAGCCUGAUGAGUACAUGGUCGCAGAGACACAGGUAAGACUGAGGGCAUGGUGUCACGCACACAGAUUUGAUGUAUUUAUUUGACCAGGUAAGUUGACUGAGAACACAUUGUCAUUUACAGCAAUGACCUGGGGAAUAGUUACAGGGGAGAUGAAUGUGCCAAUUGGAAGCAGGGGAUGAUUAGGUGGCCAUGAUGAUAUGAGGGCCAGAUUGGGAAUUUAGCCAGGACACCGGGGUUAACACCCCUACUCUUACGAUGAGUGCCAUGGGAUCUUUAGUGACCACUGACAGUCUGGACACCUUUUAACAUCCCAUCUGAUAGACAGCACCUUACACAGGGCAAUGUCCCCAGUCACUACCCUGGGGUAUUGGGAUAUUCUUUAUUUUAGAUCAGAGGAAAGACUGCCUCUUACUGGCCCUCCAACACCACUUCUAGCAGCAUCUGGUCUCCCAUCCAGGAACCGACCAGGACCAACCCUGUUUAGCUUCAGAGGCAAGCCAGCAGUGGGAUGCAGGGUGGUAUGCUGCUGACACCCACCGAGAUCACCCACCUAGACACACACAACACACACACACACACCACAUAAAUACCCUCAGCAGCCCCCAGGUCUCAGGGCAUGCACACACACUUGAACACACACUUUCCACCAUGUUAAAAUAGCCAGGCAGCAGCUGCCACUGUCAGCGGACCCAACACCCGAAUCACCAGCAAUUAUAAAAAGACCAUGCUAUGAGAAUGUCCCUCAAGUCAACCCACAGAGCAGUGUGACCUACAAACACAGCUAUGUGGCAUCCCAGACAUGUACUGUACCAUACCACUAACCUGACACAAAUAAUGCUAGAGGUGUAUGCUCACUUUACUUCACUUUCCUCCAUUGGUAUGGCAAAUAUGCUUUUCUAAGGAGGAGAAUUGCUGUUCUUCGAUAUGUAUGGAUAUUUUAUGCUGCCCAUAAACGGUUUAACAAAGUAAACUGAAUGUCUUACUUUUGUCAAGUAAUAUGCAGACAUCAACUCCACCUUCUCAAACGUCCAAGUUUACAAUGCAGAACACGAUACAGUGUACUAAACCUGUGGAAUGGUGUUUUGAAUCUCUCUCUCUCUCUCUCCCCAUCAUCAGAUGAGUAAGGCGAUUGUGUACAUCGAGGAGAUGGACAGCGUGGCAGACGUCACCUUCCCGGCUGUGCCUACAGUGGUGUCCCUGCUAAUGUACGAUGACACGGCCCGUGCCAGGGACAGCCCUCACCCCUCCACUGGCUACCCCAUCGUCUGUGUGACGGUGAGUGGUGGCCACCGGGCCCAGACACACACAUUCAGAAUGCAACCACCUAGACACACACACACACCUUAUAACCAGGUGUUUAACCACGUAAAGCUAAGCUAGCGACAAGAUCGGCAUACUUUCAUCCAGUCCAAAAAGCUGAGGCUUCAAACGGAAGGUCUUUGUGUUUCAUAGUUUCAAAACCUGUUGUUUAAGUGGUAAAUCAAUCCGUUUCCCAUUGAAAGGCUGUGUCCAGUUCUGACUAAAUCCUAACCCUGAGACCCUUUUACUGGCAUAAAAAGAGUAUUCUCUUGAGUGUAUUCUCAAAUACAUAUUCCAGAUAUACCGUGUAUAUAGCCUCGUAAACUUGUUUCACUUCAUGUGUUGAGCGCAGUUUACAAGGCUACUGUAAUAAUCAGACAUACCUGUGGCUCCUCUAUCACCUGCAGGCCUGCAACCCCAAAUAUCACGACUUUGACAAGACGGGCUCCAUCUGCACGGCGGAGAGCAUCAACGACACCCUGACCCAGUACCGCUGGCUAGUUAGCGCCCCCAGCGGGCCGGACGGGGUCACCUCGCCCAUGAGAGAGGUGGACACCAACACCUUCUUCACCAACACUAAGUCCAUCACCCUGGACUCCAUCUACUUCCAGGCUGGGUCGAGAGUCCAGUGUGCUGCCCGGGCGUUUAAUGCCAACGGGGAUGCUGGUCUGGAGCUGUCCAGUCCCAUCAUGGUGGUCAGCGAGGAGGAGGGUGAGUGGAGACUGGGGGAGGGGGGAGGGGAGGGGUUCAGAGUUCAGUGACAUCAACCUUCAAGACUGUUGAUGACAUCUAUUAUAUGUCAUUAUUAGGACAGAGUUACAUUAUGAUGGAGAGUUUAAGGAUGAUUGUGUUUCAGAAGUGACAAUAAUAUGUCCCGUGUGUUUGUUUAGGUCUGUGUCAGCCACGUAUCCCUGGCACGGUAGGAGCUGAGCCCUUCUCUGCUAAGAUCCGCUACACCGGCCCUGACGACCCUGACUUCCCCAACCUCAUCAAACUCACUGUCAACAUGCCACACAUGGACGGUGAGUGACAGGCUCUGUCAUGUCCUUACUUACUGGUCUAGAGUCAGUUUGAUUGUUUAGCUAACAAUCGAUGACAAUAGGACUGAGGUAAAAAGAACUGAUUCAAGAUCAAUUGUCAAAGGUGUAAAGUUACCAGGUCAUUAAAAUACCUAUAAAUGUUGCAGUUGAUUGAUGAUUAAUUGAAACCAUCUCUCUCUCACACCUCUCUUCUCUUCAGGCAUGUUACCGGUCAUCUCUACGCGGCCCCUGUCCAACUUCGAGCUGACCCUGUCUCCGGACGGCACGCGUGUGGGCAACCACCGCUGCUCCAACCUGCUGGACUUCAACGAGAUCCAGACGGGCCACGGCUUCAUCACCGACGCCACCAAGAACCCUGAGAUCAUCGGCGAGACGUCGCCCUACCAGUACAGCACCGACAUGCGCUCCACCAACAGCCUGAGGUUCUACAGGAACCUGAAUCUGGAGGCUUGUCUGUGGGAGUUUAAUAGUUACUAUGACAUGUCUGAGCUGCUCACCACCUGUGGAGGGUCUAUCGGGACGGACGGACAGGUACUGGAGAGCGAGAGAGACAUACACAUAUAUGCAUUGAUGCAAACACACACACACACACACACACACACACUGGCUGUUGUCUGUGUGUAACUCUCGAUUACUCAGUUUGCUGUUGUUGUUUCAGUAAUCUGUCAAGUUGAAAGUAGACAUUUUGAAAUUCCUUCUGUGUUAAAUUCCCUCUGUGUUAAAUUCCCUCUGCGUUAAAUUCCCUCUGCCUUAAAUUCCCUCUUUGUUAAAUUUUCUCUGCGUUAAAUUCCCUCUGCGUUAAAUUCCUUCUGCGUUAAAUUCCCUCUGUGUUACCUUUCAUGCUUGAAUGCUCUGAAGUAAUAAUAAUAAUAAUAUGCCAUUUAGCAGACGCUUUUAUCCAAAGCGACUUACAGUCAUGCGUGCAUACAUUUUUGUGUAUGGGUGGUCCCGGGGAUCGAACCCACUACCUUGGCGUUACAAGCGCCGGGCUCUACCAGUUGAGCUACAGAGGACCACAAAAGUGUGGGCGGCGCACAAUUGGCCCAGCGUCGUCCAGGGUAGGGGAGGGAAUGGCCGGCAGGGAUGUAGCUCAGUUGAUAGAGCAUGGCGUUUGCAACGCCAGGGUUGUGGGUUCGAUUCCCACGGGGGGCCAGUAUAAAAAAAUAAAAAAAAUAAAAAAAUGUAUUCACUAACUGUAAGUCGCUCUGGAUAAGAGCGUCUGCUAAAUGACUAAACAUUUAAAAAUGUAAAGUGUUCCUAUCCUCUGUUUUGUAAUGUGCUAUAUGCUGAUCCAGGUACAGUUGAAGAUGACCCUGACUAUGUAUCUCUGUGUUGCACUUCCUCUAGGUGCUGAACCUGGUCCAGUCCUACGUGACUCUGCGCGUGCCUCUGUAUGUGUCCUAUGUCUUCCACUCUCCAGUGGCCGUGGGAGGAUGGCAGCACUUUGACCUGCAGUCAGAGCUCAAGCUCACCUUUGUGUACGACACCGCCAUCUUGUGGCAGGACGGAAUUGGCAGCCCGCCGGAGGCUGAACUGCAAGGUACAGCCAAUUCUGCCCUCUGUUGGCUAUUUUAAGUGCUACAGUGAGGUGGAUGACUUGUAUUACCAGUGGUGGAAAAAGUACCUAAUCGUCAUACUUGAGUAAAAGUAAAGAUAUCUUAAUAGAAAAUGACUCAAAUAAAAGUGAAAGUCACCCAGUAAAAUACUACUUGAGUAAAAGUCUAAAAGUAUUUGGUUUUAAAUAUACAUAAGUAUCCAAAGUAAAUAUAAUUGCUAAAAUAUACUUAAGUAUCAAAAGUAAAAGUAUAAAUCCUUUCAAAUUCCUUAUAUUAAGCAAACCAGACUGCACAAUGUUAUUUUUAUGGAUAGCCAGGGGCACACAUAAUUUACAAAUGAAGCAUUUGUGUUUCGUGAGUCUGCCUGAUCAGAGGCAGUAGGGAUGACCAGGGAUGAUCUCUUGAUUAAUGUAUAAGUUGAACCAUUUUCCUGUCCUGCUAAGCAUUCAAAAUGUAACAAGUUCUUUUGGGUGUCAGGGAAAAUGUUUGGAGUAAAAUGUACAUAAUUUCUUUAGGAAUGUAGUGAAGUAAAAGUUGUCAAAAAUAUAAAUAGUAAAGUAAAGUACAGAUACCCCAAAAAAUGACUUAAGUAGUACUUUAAAGUAUUUUUACUUAAGUACAUUACACCACUGUGUAUUACUCAGUUAAUACCUGUAUAAUUAAUUGUCUGUAGGCAUAUUUAAUAUCUUUCCUAAUACAUUACGCUCAUAAGUCAACAUGUGACUACCAUACAAAUUCUGGAUGGGAGCUACAUUCUUGAUAGCACCAAUAUUGUCACACCAAGCGGCAGGUAGCCUAGCGGUUAAGAGCAUUGGGCCAGUAACAGAAAGGUCGCUGGUUUGAAUCCCCGAGCUGACUAGGUGAAAAAUAUGUAAAUGUGCCCUUGAGCAAGGCACUUACCCCUAAUUGCUCCUGUAAAUGCUCUGGAUAAGAGUAAAUGAUGUCCUUAAACGGUAACGCAUUAUAGGCCGUCUAUGGACAGUGCAUUAUUUCCCAGUGAAUGAUAGAGGUGGACAAUAACCCUGGUUUGAUGUAACUGUCUCCCGAUAGGAUCCAUGUACCCCACCAGCAUGAGGAUCAAUGAGGAGGGACGUCUGGUGGUCAACUUCAAGACUGAGGCCCGCUUCAGGGGACAGUUUGUCAUGUCCCACCCAGGUAUUACACACAAACACACAUCCGAUAGGGUGAUUGUAUAGCUUUCUCUCCUAUUAGGUUGCACUGUGACCCAGAUCCUGUACCGCUAUUAGAGUGGAACCGUCUUAGGGGUCGUUCUACCAAAUGUCAAUAUGACCUUACCCUUUUUCAGUAAGAAUCAAACUAACAUCAACAAUGGAAAAUGUGUAUACCUUACAACAAGGUGCAUUGUUUAACUAUUUAACUUACAGUCUACAGUACAACACCGGUUUUAAGAUGUUGUGUUCAUGUAUGCCCUUGACAGAUACAUAAAGGAAAGAAACACUCAACAGAAAUGUAUGUAUGAGACUAUAAAGAGGUUUGACUGUGUGUUUCCAGGAACCACUCUGUCGUCCAUGGUGAUGUGUGCUGACCUCUCUGGCCUGACCUUCACCCUGGCCCUGGUCAGGACUGAGCCCACCUACAACCAGCCCAUGCAGCAGUGGAGCUUCGUCUCUGACUUCGCUGUGAGCUACCAUCUUGAUCAUUGUAUGUCUUAAAGGUAGACUCAGCGAUAUGACGUUGCCACGAGCAGCACCGUAGAUAUUGCGAUGAGCGAGAUGCAAGACUUCGCUCCCACACUGUCACACACAGUAUCUGCGCAUGCGCACGGGUUCGCUUCACGCCGUUAGAGCGUGGUAGGUGCAUGAGCGCUCAAAGUUGUUGCGGAAAUGGACCCACUAUGCUGUUUACUUUGGGCACCUACGUCAUAUCGCUGAGUCUACCUUUAACUUUGUAUUCAUAGUGUAUGUGCUGAAGCCAACGGGUACAUGGUAAUGACAGAAGACAUACAGUAUGGAUACCAGACCAGCAGUAACUACCUUAAAUGUUUGGUGUGUUUUAAUGUUGUUGUAAUGUUGUUGUAAUGUUGUUGUAAUGUUGUUGCCUGUAGGUGCGGGACUACUCUGGUACAUACACAGUGAAGAUGAUCCCCUGCAGUGCCUCUCCCAAUGGGGAGUUCAGCAUUCCCCCUGUGUGUCACCCACGAGAACCCCUCACCUUCCACAUGGACAUCCGCUUCCAGCAGGUCAGCACCACCACCACUGCAUACCUACAGUCUCUGGCAGAAGACUAGCAUACCCAAGACCCUAAAAUCAAGAGGAAACUUUGUCAUUCACCAAUGCUGAUUUGUCUUGGUGUUUUAUGAGGCUAAAAACAAUAGUACUAGAUACUUGUUGAUUAAAUGCAUUGAGCCAAAAGUUAAAAUCUUAUCAACUCUCUUGGUGCCUGUGUUUGACCUUUGCCCUCUGACCCACCCCAGGUGAGUGACCCAGUGGCGGCUGAGUUCAGUCUGAACACCCAGAUGUUCCUGCUGUCCAAGAGGGAGCUGUGGCUGUCGGACGGAUCCAUGGGCUUCGGAGAGAGCACCGACACAGCCUUCUCAGAGGGUACUGGACUACUACUGACCUCAUAUUGACCCCUAGUGGACACUCUAGGAACCACUAUUCAACAUAUAGAUACACCACUAGUCAACAUAUACAGUCGUGGUCAAACGUUUUGAGAAUGACACAAGUAUUGGUCUUCACAAAGUUUGCUGCUUCAGUGUUUUUAAAUAUUUUUGUCAGAUGUUACUAUAGCAUACUGAAGUAUAAUUACAAGCAUUCCAUAAGUGUCAAAGGCUUUUAUUGACAAUUACAUUAAGUUUAUGCAAAGAGUCAAUAUUUGCAGUGUUGACCCUUCUUUUUCAAGACCUCUGCAAUCCGCCCUGGCAUGCUGUCAAUUAACUUCUGGGCCACAUCCUGACUGAUGGCAGCCCAUUCUUGCAUAAUCAAUGCUUGGAGUUUGUCAGAAUUUGUGGGUUUUUGUUUGUCCACCCGCCUCUUGAGGAUUGACCACAAGUUCUCGAUGGGAUUAAGGUCUGUGGAGUUUCCUGGCCAUGGACCCAAAAUGUUGAUGUUUUGUUCCCCGAGCCACUUAGUUAUCACUUUUGCCUUAUGGCAAGGUGCUCCAUCAUGGAAAAGGCAUUGUUCGUCACCAAACUGUUCUUGGAUGGUUGGGAGAAGUUGCUCUCUUGAGGAUGUGUUGGUACCAUUCUUUAUUCAUGGCUGUGUUCUUAGGCAAAAUUGUGAGUGCACCCACUCCCUUGGCUGAGAAGCAACCCCACACAUGAACGGUCUCAGGAUGCUUUACUGUUGGCAUGACACAGGACUGAUGGUAGCGCUCACCUUGUCUUCUCCUGACAAGCUUUUUUCCGGUUGCCCCAAACAAUCGGAAAGGGGAUUCAUCAGAGAAAAUGACUUUACCCCAGUCCUCAGCAGUCCAAUCCCUGUACCUUUUGCAGAAUAUCAGUCUGUCCCUGAUAUUUUUCCUGGAGAGAAGUGGCUUCCUCGCUGCCCUUCUUGACACCAGGCCAUCCUCCAAACGUCUUUGCCUCACUGUGCGUACAGAUGCACUCAUACCUGCCUGCUGCCAUUCCUGAGCAAGCGCUGCACUGGUGGUGCCCCGAUCCCGCAGCUGAAUCAACUUUAGGAGACAGUCCUGGCGCUUGCUGGACUUUCUUGGGCGCCCUGAAGCCUUCUUCACAACAAUUGAACCUCUCUCCUUGAAGUUCUUUAUGAUCCGAUAAAUGGUUGAUUUAGGUGCAAUCUUACUAGCAGCAAUAUCCUUGCCUGUGAAGCCCUUUUUGUGCAAAGCAAUGAUGACGGCACGUGUUUCCUUGCAAGUAACCAUGGUUAACAGAGGAAGAACAAUGAUUUCAAGCACCACCCUCCUUUUAAAGCUUCCAGUCUGUUAUUCUAACUUAAUCAGCAUGACAGUGAUCUCCAGCCUUGUCAUCGUCAACACUCUCACCUGUGUUAACGAGAGAAUCACUGACAUGAUGUCAGUUGGUCCUUUUGUGGCAGGGCUGAAAUGCAGUGGAAAUGUUUUUGGGGGAUUAAGUUCAUUUUCAUGGCAAAGAGGGAUUUUGCAAUUAAUUACAAUUAAUCUGAUCACUCUUCAUAACAUUCUGGAGUAUAUGCAAAUUGCCAUCAUAAAAACUGAGGCAGCAGCAAAAUUAAUAUUUGUGUCAUUCUCAAAACCUUUGACCACAACUGUACUGUAGAUACACCACUAUUCAACAUAUAUAUAGAUACACCACUAUUCAACAUAUAGAUAGAUACACCACUAGUCAACAUAUAGAUAGAUACACCACUAGUCAACAUAUAGAUAGAUACACCACUAGUCAACAUAUAGAUAGAUACACCACUAUUCAACAUAUAUAUAGAUACACCACUAGUCAACAUAUAGAUAGAUACACCACUAUUCAACAUAUAUAUAGAUACACCACUAGUCAAUAUAUACUGUAGAUACACCACUAGUCAACAUAUAGAUAGAUACACCACUAGUCAACAUAUAGAUAGAUACACCACUAGUCAACAUAUAGAUAGAUACACCACUAUUCAACAUAUAGAUAGAUACACCACUAGUCAAUAUAUACUGUAGGUACACCACUAGUCAACAUAUAUAUAGAUACACCACUAGUCAACAUAUAUAUAGAUACACCACUAGUCAACAUAUAGAUAGAUACACCACUAGUCAACAUAUAGAUAGAUACACCACUAGUCAACAUAUAGAAAGAUACACCACUAGUCAAUAUACACUGAGUGUACAAAACAUUAAGAAUACCUGCUCUUUCCAUGGCAUAGACUGAUCAGGUGAAAGCUAUGAUUCCUUGUUGAUGUCACUUGUUAAAUCCACUUCAAUCGGUGUAGAUGAAGGGGAAGAGACAGGUUAAAUAAGGAUUGUUAAGCCUUGAGACAAUUGAGACAUGGAUUGUGUAUGUGUGCCAUUCAGAGGGUGAAUGGGCAACACAAAAUAUUUAAGUGCCUUUGAACAGGGUAUGGUAGUAGGUGCCAGGGCACCGGUUUGAGUGUGUCAAGAACUGCAACGCUGCUGGGUUUUUCACGCUCAAUAGUUUGUGUAUCAAGAAUAGUCCACCACCCAAAGUACAUCCAGCCAACUUGACACAACUGUGGGAAGCAUUGGAGUCAACAUGGGCCAGCAUCCCUGUGGAACACUUUCAACACCUUGUAGAGUCCAUGCCUGAUGAAUUGAGGCUAAGGCAAAGGGGGGUGCAACUCAAUAUUAGGAAGGUGUUCCUAAUGUUUUGUACACUCACUGUAUGCUAUUAGCUGUUUUAUCUCCAAUAGAACUCAGAAAAAGCUUUCUUUCAAACUGCUUUCUGAGUUUGAAUGUAAAGAUAAUAUUCAACAGUCUAAUAACGAUUUAAUGAAGCUUUCAGUGCUUGUUGAACUGUCACAGAGCAAUGGACACCACCCUCCUCUAAUCUCUCCCUCCAAUGGACACCACCCUCCUCUAAUCUCUCCCUCCAAUGGACACCACCCUCCUCUAAUCUCUCCCUCCAGGCUCCUCUAUCUACGGCCGUGUGAUGGUGGACCCAGUCCAGAACCUGGGUGACUCCUUCUCCUGCAGUAUAGAGAAGGUGUUCCUGUGUACAGGAGCUGACGGUUACGUCCCCAAGUACAACCCCACCAACAAGGAGUAUGGCUGCCUGGCCGACGCACCUUCACUGCUCUACAGAUUCAAGAUCCUGGUGCGUACGGCAAUCACUUAACACAUGAUGCCUCCACUCAGGGGGAAAUUCCUCUGGAGUUUUGUUAUGGUCACUUUGAAUGUAGUUUGGUCAGUUUUACCAUAUUCAUUCAUUAUUAAUUUCUUACUUCAACCAUUUACAAUCAUUUGUGCUCUUGACAACACAGUACAUUUGAGCCAUACUGCUGUUAGGCUGUUUUACAUUUUUAAAUGUUGCAUAUUUAGCAGAUGCUGUUAUCCAGAAUGACUUACAGGAACAAUUAGGGUUAAGUGCCUUGCUCAAGGGCACAUCGACAGCUUUUUCACCAGGUCGGCUCGGAGAUUCGAACCAGAAACCUUUUGGUUACUGGCCCAAUGCUCUUAACCGCUAGGCUACCUACCUCUGAUCCAUAGACAUCCUAUACAAGUUAGGUUCUAUCUAUAAUGAUUUCAGUGGUCUAACCUGUGUGUUUGUUUUUUCCUCCUCCAGGACAAGGCCCAGCCAGAGACCCAGGCUACAGCGUUUGGAGAUGUGUUGUUUGAGGCCACUCUGGCCCUGGACACUCCUGGAGGCCUGCCUCUGGUCAGACAGCCUGGUUCAGACGGAUUCACCCUGUCCUCCUCACCUCUCUUCCAGGUCAGCUGACACACCCAGAGAGGCUCUCUGACUCUAUUCAUACCUAAUAUGGUCUGUAAACUGGAUACCAAUGGGAAAAUAGUCCCUGUAUGUUUGAAUGAAAUCUGGUUUCUGAAAUCUGAGUGAAAUGUGAGUCUAAUUACUUGAUAAUGGCAAAAACAUGACAAGAAUUUGAAAGGCUUCCAUUGUUAGAAAUCACACACUGAAAUGUAUAGGCCAAAGUUUUUAUCACUAACCUCAAGCUCCACUGUGUCUUGUUGUUCCAGGUGGCUGCAGGUCGGGAGUGGUUCAUCCACACAAUCUACACCGUCCGCUCCCGAGACAACGCCAACCGUGGCAUCGGCAAGCGCAGCCUGGAGUACCACCACAGCCUGUCCUCCGUGGCCGACCCUCAGCCCGACCUCCACACCUCCUCCCUGGGUCGCUACCGUCGUGCCGCCCCCGCUCCGGACCUGGCCCAGGACAUCGGUACCGACAACAACCGGGGAACCAACAUCCAGCACAUCGCUCUGGACCGCUCGGACCGCCUGGUGGUGAGCCAGCGCCAGCCAUGGGGGGGACGUGACCGGGCUGGUUCGGACCGCGACUCACCCUUCCUGGAGCGCCCCCUCCUGGAGAGUUCCGGUAGGGAGCCUGUGGACACUUCCACCCUGCCCAUGCUGGUAGGCCUGGCUGGGUUGAUCCUUCUCACCUGCCUGGUGGCCAUGGUGGUUAUCCUGCUGGUGCGGCGCAAGAGGAAGAACCAGAAGAAGAGCCAGUUCCCUCCCUACUCCACCUCGUCGUGCUCGGCCUACAGCGGAGGGAGUGGGAACAGCAGAGAGGGCAUGAUGGGUACUGGGCACAGCAGCUUGGACAGCUCCGAGGUCUAG